CGUGACGUCACAGAGUGCGUGUUGAUAGCGGGCGAGCACAUGGCCACUAAGUUAACGAGUAAAUAGAAAGCGCUCCUAUCGACUCGUCACCGUUUAAUCAGUCGAUAUAAUAUAAAGAAAGAAUCUUUUUAAGGAGAAUGACGCUUCUGCCACUAUUGUUGCUGAUCGUAGAAAUUAGCAUCAGUAGGGGACAGGAGCUACCACGCGAUCCCAGUCCCAUCAUCUACCCGGGACAAGUCAACGUCGGUUUACUCACCUCCAUCCAUAAUCCGACCCGCAAUGGGACCAAUUGUGGUCGCCUUAGGCAAGGUGCCGUCUUGCAGGCCAUGGCAGCAGUUUGGGCAGCCCAACAGGUCAACUUCCGCAAAGAACCGCAUGAAUUAAACAUAGGUAUCUACAUUUACGACACCUGUGGCCUAGAAAACAUCGCAAUGCGACAGCUCUAUCGCCUCGUAACUCAUGUUGGACACGUUCAGCCUGCUUCUUGCGUCGAUAAAAGAAUACCUCCAAUAUUCGGUAGAAAAAUAUCAUUUUUCAGAGCAAUAGUAACGACAUUAAUUCGUUUUGAAUUAUGGGACGUGGCCGUUAUUGUUGCAGACGAGCAACAACGUCAAUUGGGAAAUGCCUUUUGGGAAGAAGCAGAACUGGCUGGAAUUCGUGUAAUUACUGUAGAAUUACCGGUGACGACAGAAAACGAAGUCCCAAUUACCGAGUCCAUGCUCGAUAUACUGGAUACAUAUAAGGCAUCGCCGAAAGGAGUCGUGGCUUUGCUUUCCCCUCAUCAGGCCAUCAAACUUCUAAAAAAUUUCGAUCCCGAGGAUGCCGAAUCUCUAUACUGGCUUAUCGUAACACCCAUUGAUAUAUCAACAGAACUUAAAGCAACUUUGAAUCCCGUUCAACUUAAUCUCUUAUCCAAAGUUUUCAUGCUAUCACCUAAUUCUAUUUAUAUUAAAGAAUAUCAUAGCUAUUUUCGCCAGUUGCUGACAGAAGAAGAAUCUUUGGAUCACCCUUUAGUGGCCGAAUUAGUUAAAAAGUCUAAUUUGUCUUUACACAAGGAUCCGUUGGAUUUAAAGAAACAUAUACACGUAGAAGAAAUCCGCAAUUCUUCUUUAGAAAGAGACGUUUCCAACACGGUCAAAGCUAUUUGGUCUUUGGCUGCAGCCAUGAAAAACGUUCAAAACAGAAUUUGUAGACGAGGCACGGAUUGUUUACUUUAUUUAAGAAAAUCUUUGAGUUCUUAUAUAAAUAGAGCCAUUAGAAAUGUGGGAUACACGCUACACGGCACGGGAGCUUCGGCACUAGACGGUAACAAACUGCAUUUUAGCAAAGAUGGCUUCUUAUCCACUACUAGAUACGUAUUGAGGAUUCUAAAUAGCGGAGAAUCUCAAGAGAUCGGAUGGUAUAGCGAUGAUUCGGGUCUCGUUAUCGAUCCGAAUGUAUUAGGUGCAAUCAAGAAAUUCGAUCAGACCGAUCUGUAUCGGAACCAUUUAUCUCAAUCGAGUCUGAGAUCGGUUUCGUUAACGAGUCAUCACGAGCCAAAAAUGAAUCAUCCGAGAGCAAACGUUAUUCCCGAAGAGAGUAAAAAUCCUCCAGUUGUGAUUAGCGAAGAGCCUAAGGAAGAAAUUAUCGACGUGCGCGACAUAAAAGAAUCGAAUUUGGCAUCUUGGAUAGGGCGCCCCUGGGCUCUAACCAUUUUAGGAUUGUCAGCAGUCGGCGUGUUGUUUGCUUUAUACGUUUUAGUUUUUCUUCUAGUGAAAAUGUGUGAAGGAACGUUAAAAAAGAGUAAUUUAUUACUCGGAAUUUUGCAAAUUUUAUCUGUAUUGAGUUUAUACGGGGCGGCAACUUUAUUGCUUUUUAAGCCGUCUUCAUUUAUAUGCGGAUUGCAGAGAUUGGUACCGAAUGUGGCCUAUUCUUACUGUUUCGGCGUUUUAUUGCUGAAAUCUAUGCAUUUACGAUCACAAAAGACUAUAGGAUUAGGCGGAAGCGUCAGCAAUCUGAAUCAAGUUCUUACGUUAUUGUUUAUAGUGGGUUUACAGUUGGCUUUAGAAGUACAAUGGUGGAUAUUACGACCGCCGUUCAUUGUGGUUGCCGAAGACGAAGUACGAUGUGUUAUGUCCAGAGGUGAUAUUCUUUUAUCUCAGGUGUACAUCGUUGUUUUACUAUUACUGGUAGUGUUAACAACCUUAUCCGUGCAUAACGUGCCCUACAACUACACGGAAGGCAAGAGUCUGAUAGCCACGUCCGUUAUUUGUUUAGCAGUUUUUAUCGGUUGGGCGGUAGCGUGUUGGAUGCUAACAAAUACCGGAGAUAGACACAUUGCCGCUAGUUUAGCCCCCAUUGCUACGGCGGCUGCGGUCCUCAUUGGUAUUUUCUGUCCACAAUUAUACGCCAUUCACAAAUAUGGUGUCUUUCCGCAUAAAAAACUCUCGUAUACCGAUUCGCUGUCAACGGUGUUUUCCGUGUUUAAAGAAGUGGAUCAAGCAACCGGAAGGGGUAAGAAAGGAGCUAAGACUCUAGAAACUAGAACUGCCCAAGGGAAAAGAAAUCCUGCUUUUUACGACGAUUUCGCUUCAGCUUAUCCUUGAGAAAAAGCGACACUUUUGAAUAUUAACGAAAACAUCGAUGACGUCGAUAUCGGGUCAGCUUAGGUCAUCUAAGGAUGUAGCGACUACCAUCGGGAUUUUAUGCAGCAUAGCGGAACAGGGAUAGAAAAUCGAUAACUUUGAUACCUGUACAUCGGAUUUCCGCUUGUUGUAUUUGACACAUCAUUAAUUUAUUGGUUUGAUAUAUUGU